ACCCCGCGCAGCUCGCCUCGCACGGCUCCGGCUUCUGCCCGCGCUUCUGGCAGGACCAGACGCCGCUGCUGGCCGCCGACGGCGCCAAGAGCGAGCUGCAGCUGCUGGUGGAGAACCUGCCGGUGCCGCGCGUGGGCCAGCUCGGCUUCCAGUGUGUGGUGAGCAUCGAGGGCGCCACCAUGCUGGUGGGCGCGCGGGUCAUGGGCGCCGCGGACGAGGACGACGGCAGCAUCACGCCCACCACGACGGCCACCAGCAGCCACCAGUACCACCGGCGCGUGCAGCGCGUGGUGUGCGAGGCCACGGUGUACCGCUACGAGUCGGGCGAGGGCGAGUACGAGGCCCGCGUCACGCUGGUGUGGAACCGCGACCACGUGGUGGACGCGCGCCCGCUCACGCUCUACAAGUGCGGCGUGCUGGGCGCCCACCGCGGCCACCACGACUGCUCGCUCUGCGUCACGCGCCACCCGCGCUACCGCUGCACCUGGUGCGGCGCCGCCUGCAGGUACGCGCCGCACUGCCCCUCGCUCACGGGCGUCGCCGCGGCGUCGUCGGCGGGCGUGGCGGCGAGACCGACGAUGUUCGGAGGGCGCGUGGAUGCCAACGACGCCCGCCUGGCCCAGUGCCCCACGCCCAGGAUUGACGUGAUCCAGCCGCUGGCGGGCCCCCUGGAGGGCGGCACGCUCGUCACCAUCGAGGGCAGCAACCUGGGCCUGCGAGAGGAGGACGUGCGGGACAACGUGUUCAUCGGCGACGUGCCGUGCCGCGUGCACGAGUACCACGUGUCCGUGCGGAUCACGUGCGUGACGGGGCCGGCGCCGCCCCGCCACGGGUCGUCCGACUCCGCCGACCUGCAGUUCCCCGUCAGGGUGACCACGCCCGCGGGGACCACGCAGUCCACGGUCAAAUUCACAUACACGAACGUGAGCGUGACGGGCGUGUGGCCGCCGCGAGGCCCCGUGUCGGGCGGCACCGUGCUCUCCGUCAGCGGCAGGUUCCUCAACGUGGGCUCGCACGUGGCGGCCACCCUCGACGACCUGCCGUGCGUCGUCAACAAGACGCAGUCGUCGUCGCACCGCCUGGUGUGCGUGACGUCGCGGGCGUCGGGCGCGCACGAGGGCGGGGAGGCGCCGUUGGCGGUGCGGACGCUGGUGGUGACGGUGGACGGCGCGCGGCGCACCCUCGCCACGCCCUACACCUACACGCCCGACCCGCAGGUGUUCGAGCUGAAGCCCCUGCGCAGCCCCUGGGGCGGCGGGCGCCUGGUGACGGUGCACGGCUCCAACCUGGACGCCAUCCAGGCGCCGCGGAUCACCGUCAACCUCUUCGAGAAGGUCCUCAUCGUCGCCUGCCGCGUCCUCAGCCCCGGCCAGAUGGAGUGCCCGUCGCCGCCGCUGGACCGCGACGCCGUCCUGGCCAUCCUCGAGGCCCACGACUCCCUCCGACGCAGGCGCCGCAGCCGCAGCCGCAGGUCGCACAAGGCGCAGCGCUCGCCGCGGCGGCGCGACCACGACGGCGACGAGGUGGGCGUGGACGUGGGCUUCGUGAUGGACGGCGUGCUGUCGGUGCUGCACCUGCGGAAGCACUUCCCGAGCGUGCGCUCGCGCCUCGUCUACCUCGCCGACCCCGUCUACUACACGUUCCCGCACGGCGUCAAGCUCUACAAGGGCGACACGCUCGUGAUCGAGGGCGAGCACAUCAACGACGCGGCCGACGAGAGCGACGUCAGGGUGACCAUCGGCAGCGCCGUCUGCAACGUGACGUCCCUGGCCGCCACGCAGCUGGUGUGCACGCCCCCCGAGGACCAGCCGGCGCCCACGGACGAGCGCGGGGUGUCCACGCCCGAGCGGCUGCCGCUCGUGGUGGUGCACGUGGGCCAGUACCUGCGCUACCCGCUGGGCGUCCUGCGCUACGAGCGGCACCGCAGGUUCCCCCUGACGCCCGAGGGCAUCGCGGGGCUGGCCGGCGGCGCGCUGUUCCUCGUGCUGGCGUCCUUCGUGGUGCUGGCCGUGUACCGACGCAAGUCCUCGCAGGCCGAGCGGGUCUACAAGCUCAUGCAGCUGCAGAUGGACAGCCUCGAGAGCCACGUGCGCACCGAGUGUAAACAAGGCGCGCGCGCACGGCCCCCGCACCAACUACGACGUGGCGAUGCUGCAGUUCGAACAGCUGAUCGCGAACAAGCAUUUCCUCCUGUCCUUCAUCGACACCCUCGAGUCUCAGAAGUCCUUCAACAUCAGAGACAAGGUGAACGUGGCGUCCCUGGUGACUGUCCUCCUGAUGGGGCGCAUGGAUUACCUGACGGAGGUCCUGCGGUGCCUGAUGCUGCGGCUGGUGUCUGCGGCUGCGGCGACCAAGCACCCGCAGCUGAUGCUCCGCCGGACAGAGAGCGUCGUCGAGAAAAUGCUCACCAACUGGCUGGCGCUCUGCAUGUACGGCUAUCUCAAGGACGACGCCGGCACCGCCCUGUUCCUGCUGUACAAGGCCAUCAAGCACCAGGUGGAGAAGGGCCCCGUCGACGCCCUCACCCACGACGCCCGCUACUCGCUCUCCGAGGAACGCCUUCUCAGGGAGCAGGUCGACUUCAGUCCUGUGAACAUCCACCUGCUUCAUGAUGACCCUCACUAUGAAAAAAUACCCUACCAGACGACCUAUAGUACGCUGGCCAUGUACGCGGAGGAGUACGAGGAGAAAGUGCAGGUCAAGGUGCUGGACUGCGACACCAUCACGCAGGUCAAGUCGAAGAUCCUGGACGCACUCUACCGCAACACGCCGCAGUCCCUCCGACCCUCCGUCCACGAGGUCGACCUUGAGUGGCGUCACGGGCGCGCCGGGCGGGUGACCCUCAGCGACGAGGACCGCACGACGCUGACGGGCGCGGGCGGGUGGCGCCGCCUCAACACCCUCGCCCACUACGGCGUCAGGGACUCCGCCGUGAUGGCGCUGAUCCCGAGGCAGAACGAUUCCUUUUCGUCCAAUUGCACAGGCUACUACUCAUACGCUAACAGUGUGUCACCCUUGAACUCUCCUGUAGUCGAGGGUGGCGUCGGCGGCGACGGCGGCGGCGGCGGCACCAUGGGUCGCGGCGGCGGCGGCGGCGGCCCCGGGGUGCAGUUCUACCACCUGGUGCGCACGCCGGAGGACUCGGCGUCGGGCACGCUGGGCUCGUCGCGAGACGGGCGCGACCGCACCUACGGCACCCACAAGGCCAUCCCGGAGAUCUUCCUGACGCGGCUGCUGUCCACCAAGGGCACGGUGCAGCAGUUCGUGGACGACUUCUUCCGGACCAUCCUGAGCGCCAACGACGGGCUGCCGCCGGCCGUCAAGUGGCUGUUCGACCUGCUGGACGACGCCUCGCGCGCCCACGGCAUCACCGACCCCGAGGUCAUCCACGCCUGGAAGUCCAACUGCCUCCCGCUGCGCUUCUGGGUCAACUUCAUCAAGAACCCCGACUUCAUCUUCGACAUCGCCAAGACGCCCACGGUCGACUCGUGCCUCUCGGUCAUCGCGCAGACCUUCAUCGACGCCUGCUCGACCACGGAGCACCGCCUGGGCAAGGACUCGCCCUCCAACAAGCUGCUCUUCGCCAAGGACAUCCCGCGGUACAGAGCGCAGGUGAAGAGCUUCUACAGCGACGUGUCGAGCGCGCAGCCGGUGAGCGAGCAGGAGCUGGGCCAGCACAUGCAGCAGCUCUCGGCCGCCCACCAGGGCCACUUCGACAACCUGGCCGCCCUCAAGGAGCUCUACAUCUACGUCACCAAGUACCACGAGCUGAUCCUGGAGUCUCUGGACGCCGACCCGUACUGCCGCAAGCUGAGCCUGGCGCACCGCCUGCAGUCCAUCGGCUACAUUCUGGAGUCGUACAGCCACGCGGGGCCGGUGGCGCCCAUGCCGCCCCUGCAGCUGGCGGGCCAACUCUCCGAGCUGUGAACGCCCACACAAUGACGCCGCCCGCGGUCUCUCCUGCAGGGACGCCCACCAGUGAACGCCCUCGCGAUGCGCGACCUGACGGCAGACGCUCUCUGUGGACACGACCCUUUUUAUAGCAAAGACUUGGAAGCGGCGGCUCGAGGGUCCGCGAGGGCGCCGCCGAGCCGCGCCGGCGCUCCUCCUAGUGCAAUAAGGCGGCCCGCGGGAGGCGCUGCCCCGGGACUCCCUGUGUUGUGUGGCGACAUGCAAAUGCAAUUUGUAUUGGAUUUUUUAAUUAUUUUUCACGAACGGUUUUGUUGUUUGAUGAAGAGGAAACCCCCUUUUUCCAUGCAAGCGAUGGAAGCCUCCUUUUUUUACGACGGUGAAUACUGUACAUAUUUCAGACAAUCUGACGGUGGGUGCGCGUGCGCGCCGCCUCGAGAGAGACACCUUUGCCCGCGCACGGCAAGCUGAAUGUGAUACUUGGGAUUUCAUAUUUAUGUGUUAGUCGCUGUGUUCUAGUGCUAGUGCCUAAGGAUACAAUGUUCCUUGUUUUUCAUUGAAGUGCUUCUCAGUCACUCCUCACGUGCAAAGAAAGCCUUGGGGCGCCGUAGGAUCGGCCUCCCUCCGGGCGGCGCCGAACGAGCGGAAAUCUGGUCUGCUGCGGAUGAGCGAAAACACUCGUGAAGUUUUUUUUUUUCUUUCUGUUUGUACAUACACACUUAUCUCUCUCGCUCUCUCUCUCUUUUAUAUAAGCUCCUUAACAAGAUGGGAAUUAAUAGUAAUGGAAGCGGAAGAGUGGAUGGCCGGCAUUUGGACGUUUGUCGUUGUUUGUUUUUUUGCUCGACACAGCUGUAAGCAAUGUAAGGAAAAAUACAUUUCGUGAGUUUAUGCAUUUUAUACUACUUUUUACAGUUGCUUUUAAUUUUGUUUUGUCUUUCGGGGGGGAAGUGAAAAUGAGGAAAAAUGAUAGGAUAAAAGAGAGAUAGAAUCUCUUGAACAAAUGCCUCGUCUUUGAUAUAUGAAGCUUGGUGCUAAAAAAAAAAAAUUCACGUAGGAGGAAAA